AUGCCGUGGACGGAUAUGUACGUCAUCCUGUCGCCGGACCCAUGCAGCGCUGUGAAGAAGAGGGACCCUCCGCCCCCAGCCAUCUCCGUCCACGAUGCGUUGGACGUCUUGUGGCACGACUCGCACCACGCGUGGGACCUGCGACGAAUCGCCAUGGCGUUGUUCUCCUUCGCCAUUCUCAUCGCCGCCGUCUUCGUGCACGUCCCGACUCGAACCAUGUACACGCACACGCCGUCUUACUCGCCCGUCAAGUUCCUCAACAUCGAAACCAUCCCGGACAUCCUCGACUGGAUCAACGACACCUUUGUGCCUCAAGAGUUCGUGACUGAAGACGCCUAUGGUGAAGGCCUGCCAGGGAAUGAAUGGGGUCGGGUAUCCCUGUUCAACCAAGUGCUGGGGGGAGUCAGCUUCGACGUAACGCGCAUGGAGAAGCGCGACUGCAAGACGGAGGCCUUCCUGCGUGGUCUAUACGGCAGCUGCUACGACUCGGAGUACACCACAACGUAUGACUUCGUGAUCGCGUACAACAAGACCGCACCCCAAGCCCGAGAGAUUCUGGUCGAGAAGGGAGACUGGCUGAAUGCCUCGACGAAGGAGCUGGCGAUCACUGUUCCCACUCUCAACAGUGAGAUCCCGGGCCACGUCGUGUCAACGCUGAAGCUCGACUUCAAAUCGGGUGGCUACAUCAAGUCAAGCUUCACGACCACACCGACACUCGCAGAUCACUAUCCAAACACUCAUAGGAUUGUCAUCGACGCUCUCGUCGUCCUGUGGUUCUCCCCGUGGAUGCUAAUCAUGACCGUCACAACGCACAAGUUCGCGCACCAGAGCGUCAUGGAGAUUAUUCGCAAGUGCACACUCCCCGAUGGCUGGAUGGCGAUCGACGUGCUGAGAGGGCCAAUGGUGCACGCGUUCUACGUGACGGUGCUGAUCACGCACUUUGCGAUCACCGAUGAAGUGUUCAUGAAUAAAAUCGAGGAGCUGCAGAACGGAAGUCGCAGUGGAGACAACGCGCUGAGGUCUUUGAUCGCGUCCUUCAACUACAUCGCACGGUUGUCGGUACUGUCACGGAUCUUGGCUUCAGCCGCGGUGUUCAUCCAGGGACUGCGUGUUCUCAACACGUUCUGCAACCACAAUGGCCUGAGCGUGCUCAGUCGGUCGAUAACCAAGGCGAUCUGCUGGUGCGGGACUUUCGCCGUGACGUUCUUCGUGAUCUUCAUGGCGUUCGCCGUAUCUGGCGCCAUACUGUUCGGCAAUCGAGUGCACGAAUUCUCGUCGCUCUUGGUAUCGAUGACGACCUGUGUGAACAUGCUCUUCGGUAUGUUCGACUUCGGCGUGAUCAGCGACAUCCACUACUCGGUCACGUUCUACUGGAGCUUCAUGGUGCUCGAGACGUUCGUGCUGCUCAACAUUGUGCUAGCGAUCGUGAUCGACGCGUACAACGCAGAGAAGCUCAAGAAGGAGCGAACCAAGUGGUGGAGAUGCCGGAGGGUUUUCGUCAACAUGAUGAUGGGAUUCACGACAAGAUUCAUCGACCUGCUGCCGAGCUGCUGUCUGGGGAUCAAGCCUCGCCGUGACGUGGUGCUGUGGGGACGGAUCCGACCCAAGAGACUUCGACAGGAGCUUCUGGCAAGACUCAGCAACUCCCAAGACGUCGAAUUCGGCUGCGAGUUGACGCCUGGAACAGUGCUGACUGUGGAGAAGUUGGAGCAGCUAUUCCCCGACGCUACGGAGCUCGAGUGUGCGAACACGCUGAAGUAUCUCGUCGCUGGAAUCUGCCACGACGCUGAAGAGGAAGAGAGCGAGGAAGGCGACUGCAGCAAGCCUGGCGAGCGCGUCUCGUUGGCUCUGUGUCAAUGCGGUACUUCAGAUAGCUGCCGCUCAACCCCCACGGCGGAGAUCCAGGGCGUCACAACUCGCCUCACUGGAGUUGAGGAGAAGCUGGAAAAACUCAACCGUGACCUUCAGCGGAAAAUUGACAUGCUGGUCGAGCGAAUGGCACAGACAUAG